UGUCAACAUCCCCUUGAGUAAAACUCCAUCAUGUCGUCCAUCCCUAUUACACAGAGUGCAGCAGUGCUUGAGCAGCACGGCAAGCCUCUCGUUGUUGUUAAAGACAGACCCAUUCCAGAAGCCAUUCCUGGAAGUAUUGUUGUCAAAGUCCUCGCCACGCCACUCUCGCGUUACGCAAAAACCGCAUUCGACGGCACAAUCUCUGCUCCCCUCCUCGAUCCGCCCUUUGUCCCAUGCCCGAGAACUCUCGGGUACGUGCACAAGGUUGGCAGUGGCACCACAUCCUUCGAGGAGGGGGAUUUGGUGCAUGUCGAGCCUGUAGUCACGGCUCGCGAUGAUCCGAACGUAUUCAUCAUGCAAGGCCACGUCAAGGGACCGCCUGGCGAUAAGACCGACAGAUUGGCCGAAGGAGAGUUUCGCGACGGUGCUCUUCAGCAGUAUCAGCGCGUUCCACUCGAAACCGCAUACCGUAUAGACGAGAAACUCAUCAGAGAGUUAGGCGUCGACCUGAUCAACCUCGUCUCCAUUAGCACGUUUUCUCCAGCCGCCGGGGCUAUCUUUGAGUCAGCGAAGCUCAAGGUCUGCGAUACAAUCAUCAUUGGGCCAUCAGGCGGAUCGUUUGGUGGAAGUGCUGUUGAGUUGGCCUUGGCAGUAGGAGCAAACGUCGUUGCGCUUGGACGAAAUGCAGAGUUGCUACAAGCCAUGAAGCAGAGCUUAAAAUCUUCUCGGCUUAGCACCGUUCUCAUGACGGGUGACAUCGAUACCGAUGCCGCUGCCAUUCUCGCGGCCACACCUGGCGGUGGAGGGGCGGACAUUUACAAUGAUUGGUCUCCAGGCGGCGUCACCGUCGCUCCCUUUCUGCCAUCGGCUAUUCGCGCACUCAAGCCAGGCGGGCGGAUCGUAGUCAGCGGUGGAGCUUACGGCUUCUUGGAGAUCCCGUAUAUAUCAAUGGUGUUCAGUAGGCUGUCGGUCGAAGGCUCGUUCAUGUGCAACCGCGAGUCUAUGAUAAGACUGAUUCAUAUGAUUGAAUCAGGGCAGCUUGAUAUCAGCACUGGAAGUGGUACUCAGGUUCGAAAGUUUGGACUCGAGGAGAUUGGCAAGGCCACCGAAAUUACUGAGGAAACAACUCGAUGGAGGAGCCACACUGUUGUGACUCCUAAUCAGGUCGACUAGCAGCUUCAUGGUGUUUAGCAUCACCUUCAGAGUCUUAGGCUUGAUUGAAACAAUUUCAUUUUCAUCCAGACGACUUCCAUGUCCUGAGAAGAUUAAGAAUGGCAGCUCUUAUACACAGAGAAGAG